AUGGCUUUUGUUCUCGCCUCCCACUUCCUCUGCGCGCUCUUUCUGGCACAGACAGCAGCCUUCACACACGACGACAUGAAGGACGCCCUGCUGAAGAAACUGGGACUGAGCGAGGUUCCUCACAUUCAUAAACGGGACCUGGAGAACCUCGUGGUGCCGGCGCACAUCAAGAACAAGUACGUGUCCAUGCUGAAGCUUCACCACGAUAGAAGGCGCCGCGCGCUCCCCAGUUUAGCGGGAAUUUUACGCGGCAUCCCGGGGAACGCAGACAUCUCUGGAGAGUUCGUGUAUUCUGAUACGACCCGUCAGCGCGUGGUGUUCGAGAUGAACUCGAGGAUUCCCGACAACAGCGAGGUGACCAUGGCCGAGCUGAAGCUGUACAAGAAAGCGCCGCACAAGCGCUCCAUGCCCGAGAGGAAGGGUCAGAGGGCGGUGAGCAACGCGCGGGUCAGCAUCUACUGGGUGGAGUUGCUGGGCGACGGCUCGAACCGCACCUCCCUGGUCGACUCCAGGUUGGUUCCCAUCCAUGAAUCGGGCUGGAAGAGCUUCGAUGUCACGCAGGCUGUGCAUUACUGGUCGAGGAGUGAGCGGACCUCACCCAUGCACCUGGAGGUGUGGAUCGAGGGCGAGAGACCGGGCAGUUACGCGGCGGAGAUGGCCAAGAGCGUUCAGUUCACAUCCCAGGAGCCGAGCGAUGUCCUGGGCAAACCCGAACUCGUUCUCUACACACUCAACCUUGAGGAGUUUGGUUCUAACGGAGACUGCGAUCCAGACAGAAGUAAGGACAUGUGCUGCCGCGAGGAGUACUUCAUUAACUUUCGCGCUCUGACCUGGACCCAGUACUGGGUGAUCGAGCCGGCGGGGUACCAGGCGUUCCGCUGUGCGGGGGCCUGCAGGCAGCCUCAGCGCGGCCUUUACACCUACGGCCAGAGGAAGUGCGCGGUGGUGGAGAGCGCCCCGUUGCCCAUCAUGUACCUGGUGAAAAAGGGCGAUUACACCGAGAUCGAAGUGGCCGAGUUUCCGAACAUGAUCGUGGAGAAGUGUGGCUGCGCCAUGGACAACACGUCUCUGGUGUGA